AAAGCAGAGGCAUAGAAACAAACAAGGGACUUGAAAAUCCAUCCACUUUAUCCCCUAAGCUGGCGAAGCAAUAGAAAACCAUUUGAACCUUUAAAACUCAAAAGCGUUAAAUUAUUAAAUACAUAUCAUCAAUUACCAGAAAACCAGACAUGGCGUCCGUACUGGGAACCUCCUCGACGGCGAGCUUCGCUUCUCAACUCGUCUCUUCUCCCUCCUCUAAACCAGCCUUCCCCUCACUCUCCUUAAUUCCAGGGCAGAGCUAUGGGAAGAAGUUCUACGGAGGAAUUGGGAUUCAUGGUAAGAAGGGGAGGUCUCAGUUUCGUGUUGCAGUUACCAAUGUUGCUACGGAAACCAACUCUGUUGAGCAGGCCCAGAAACUUGCUUCUAAAAAGAGCCAGAGGCCUGUAUAUCCAUUUGCUGCAAUUGUAGGUCAGGAUGAGAUGAAACUAUGUCUUCUGUUAAAUGUGAUUGAUCCUAAGAUUGGUGGUGUUAUGAUCAUGGGUGAUAGGGGAACGGGGAAAUCUACAACUGUUAGAUCCUUGGUUGAUUUACUUCCCGAAAUCAAGGUAGUUUCUGGUGACCCAUACAACUCUGACCCAGCAGAUCCGGAGUCGAUGGGUAUGGAAAUCAGGGAGAGUAUUUUGAAAGGGGAAGAACUUACAGUUGUGCUUACCAAAAUCAACAUGGUUGAUUUGCCAUUGGGUGCUACAGAAGAUAGGGUGUGCGGGACAAUUGACAUUGAGAAAGCUCUCACCGAGGGUGUUAAGGAGUUUGAGCCUGGCCUGCUUGCUAAAGCUAAUAGAGGAAUUCUUUAUGUAGAUGAAGUUAAUCUUUUGGAUGACCAUCUAGUGGACGUUCUUUUGGAUUCUGCUGCUUCAGGAUGGAACACGGUAGAGAGAGAAGGUAUUUCCAUUUCUCAUCCUGCACGAUUUAUUCUCAUUGGAUCAGGCAAUCCGGAAGAAGGGGAGCUCAGGCCUCAGCUGCUUGACCGGUUUGGAAUGCAUGCACAAGUUGGGACUGUAAAGGAUGCAGAUCUUAGAGUGAAGAUUGUGGAGGAGAGGGCCCGAUUUGACAAAAAUCAGAAGGAGUUUAGGGAUUCUUACAAGGCUGAGCAAGAAAAGCUCCGAAGCCAAAUUGCCUCAGCUAGGAGCUCUCUUUCCAGCGUUCAGAUUGAUCGUGAUCUAAAGGUGAAAAUCUCCAAGGUUUGUUCAGAGUUGAAUGUAGAUGGAUUGAGAGGUGACAUAGUGACUAAUAGAGCUGCAAAAGCUUUGGCUGCUCUGAAAGGUAAAGAUAAAGUAGCUGCAGAAGAUAUUGCCACUGUCAUCCCCAACUGUUUAAGACACCGUCUUCGCAAGGACCCUUUGGAGUCUAUUGACUCAGGUUUACUUGUUAUUGAGAAAUUCUAUGACGUUUUCAGUUAAGCGAGGAGUCGUUUGUCCCCUUUAUUUAUUUAUUUUCUUUGGGGCAUGUUGCCCUUGAUUUUUUGUUCUAUCAGUUUUCACUUCCUCUCUUUUCACAUGCUCACUGUCUUGUUAUGUUUACGUUAUAUCCAUUAUAAUAUCCCUCAUUAGAGUGAUCACUCUAGACUUCUGAUCCAUGAAGAACGCUGUGUGGUACAUUUCAGGGAGAGUUUAUAUCAAGCUACCAAACUCAUCUUUCUAUUAA